AUGGAGAAAAUUCUAGAAAUACAGAAACCUAUUAUCUUUGAUGAAUCUAUUGCGCACUAUGAACUUCACUCACAUCAACCAUUCGCAUCGGCAACUUUUAAUAACAACAAUGAAAUUCGAAUCGCCGUUCAACAUCAGGACUUGUGUCUCCUACCAAGUAGAAGCUUUCUACAUGUUUAUGGUAGACUAACGAAAGUUGAUGGAAAUGCUGUUCAAAAUACAAAAUUAGUUAACAACGCCAUCUGCCAUAUGUUCGAAGAAAUACGUUAUGAACUCAAUGCUAUUGAAAUUGAUCGUAACAAAAAUGUCGGUCUCACAACACUUAUGAAGAAUUACGUGUCUCAGAGUCCUGAACAAAUGUCUGUGAUGGAAAAUGCUGGCUGGUUGAGUAACGAUGAGAGUACAUUAAUCGAUAAUGAUGGUUACUUUGACCUAUGUAUUCCAUUGUCAUUGAUACUGGGAUUUGCUGAGGAUUAUAAUCAAAUCAUCAUUAAUGCUAAACAUGAACUGAUUCUCACGAGAUCAAAUAACGAUACCAAUGCCGUUGUGCAGACUCCUCCAGCUGAGCAAUUCAAAAUCUCAUUGCUGAAAAUCGAAUGGGUGGUACCGUACAUAAAAAUUUCAGACCAACGAAAAAUUUCAUUACUCAACUUCAUUGCAAAGGAUCCACCAAUAGCACUGAGUUUUCGAACAUGGGAAUUGUAUGAGUAUCCACUACUACCCAUGACGUCAAAAAACGUGUGGGUCGUUAAAACAUCGACCCAGCUUGAAAAACCUCGAUAUGUCAUAGUAGGAUUUCAAACAGCGAGAAAAAGCACUGCUAAUGCAAACGCGAGUCAUUUUGAUCAUUGUAACCUUCGAGACGUUAAACUAUUUCUAAAUUCUCAAUGUUAUCCUUACGGAAAUUUGAAUCUUGACAUUGCUCAUAAUCAAUUCGCUCUAUUGUACGAUAUGUAUACGAGCUUUCAGGCCUCCUAUUAUGGUAAAGAGCCUGAACCGAUGUUGAACAAAGCUGAUUUUAUUAAAUACGCUCCACUCAUUGUGAUUGAUUGUUCGAAACAAAACGAGUUUCUGAAAUCAGGACCAGUGGAUAUACGUUUGGAAUUUGAAUCAGCAGGUGCUUUUCCAGCUCAAACCGCAGCAUAUUGCUUGAUUCUACAUGAUCGAAUUAUUGAAUAUAAUCCAAUAAGUGGCAAUGUUAAGAAACUGGUAUAA